UCGCGUCAUCGUCGUCGUCGUCGUCGUCGUCGUCGUCGUCGUCGUCGUCGUCGUUGUUCUCCUCUCUCGGGGAGGAUCCGCACGACGCGCUCGGAACGUGAACGACAGCUCCCGCUCGUUCAGGUAAAUCGAUCAACGCACACGCGUAUCGUGCACACACGCACGCGAGUCUAUUCGUCUACGGGAAUCGCCGGGAGAUACCGGCGAGAUUUCCAACGCGAGAUCCGCAACGCGGCACGACGCGACACGACGCGACGCGACGCGACGGGACGUGCGAGGAUGCAGCGAGGAUGCGUCCGGAGCUCGAGCUCCCUCGAACCGGAGUUAUGGGUUCGAGGGGGCACGCAGGGCUCGCACAACACGCGUCUGGUUGUUUCAGUAUGGAGUGCCCCGAAGCGGUAGAACGAGGUCGGAAUUUUCGUCUACUCGCUGAAGAGGAGCUGUCUCAACUUUUGGACUUUCUUACGGGAUAUCUGCCCGAUUCGCUCAAGUUUCAUCAGACCGUACUGACUUACAUGCGGGACAGAGUCUGGGAAUUUCAUUUUUACGUGGCAAAAGAUUGGCCCGAGGAUGCAAUCUGCUUACAUUUUCCCGGAAUGACGUUAUCCCCGCACGGUCUGCUAUACGAGAGCGUCGGUGUGUUCUGCCCCAACGAUCGGCUGGAGCUAGUUCGUCUCCUGCGCGAGGAGGACGUCCUGAUAGACUGGUCGAGACCUUUGUACAUUAAUUUCGUUCAUUACGAUAUUGCCGAGGAGCUGAUGCGCCUUUACGAGGGUACCGGCACCGUCGAGACCAUCGUCGGCGACGUUUGCGCGUGCGAGCAGGUCUACGAGCAAGAGGAGAAGAGCGAAGAGCCGUCCGACGAAGGGACGUCCGAUUCCGACGUGCAAGUGCUGCCUCUCAAGGCCGAGCACGCCGAGGGGAUCCACGAACUGUAUCCGGCGAACGACAUGGAGUGUCACGAGCUUUUCCUACGGCUCAUCAGGACCUUGCCGGCGGCUGGCGUGUUCGCGAAGGGCAGUCUGGCCGCUUGGAUGGUCCAGUCCUAUUACGGGGCGAUGUUCUCCAUGCAGACGAAGCCGGAGUACCGUAGGAAAGGUUACGGGACUAAGCUAGCAAGGUACCUGACGAAACGCGUGGCCGAGAGAGGCUAUUACCCGUUUGUUGUGAUACGUCCAGAAAACGAAGCCAGCCAAAGCCUGUACAAGAAGCUGGGCUUCAGACGGCUUUACCAGAUCGUGCGGAUGAUCUUUACGCCUUCCACGUGGCAGGACAGCGAAAACGACGCGAGCAUACUCAGGGAUAACCUGGAGAACGCCGUCAGGCAGCUCACCAUUGAGCAGAGGGUAAUAACGACUCUUCGCGAUCGGGAGCAAGAGAGCGAAGAAACGACGAUACGACGGGAUCCCACGGGAGCUGCCGCCGAUCAUCGGUCGAUCGUCGGUCAAGCGGACAGGCCGGAGGAGGAGGAGGAGGAGGAGGAGGAGGAGAAGCUCCUCGAGACCAUCGAGGAGCACCCCGAGGAGAGGAUAGAGCCGGAUAACGCGACGGGCGGAGACGUCGCCGACUGUUGCGACUGCGGGGCGGAUGCUGCGGCUGGCGACGAAUAAGUCGGAGAGAACGAUUUACGCGACAAACGACGGUCCAUAAACGCGCGCCCGCUCGAAGAUGCCCGCUCCUCGCCCGCCGUCUCGUGGUCGAGCCGUCGAGCUGUGGUCAACUCGACAGCGAAAAGCCGGUCUUGAAGCUGAUCGACACGGCUCCUAAGCUGGGAAACGGCCAAACAGUCGAAUGAUAUGGUACAGUUAGUGGUGGACGGAGCUUGCGUGCGAAUACAGUGAGUCUCCUCUCGGGAAUAAUACGCUAAAGAUACUCGCUAUGUAUGCCUCUCCCGACUCGUUACUCUCGCGUCCAUUUUGAUUUUUCAUUCGUCGUCGAGAGAGAGAAGACGAGCGCGUCUUUAAGUGUGUCUUACGAAGCGACCGUGACGUAAUGACGCUCGUCGCUUCUGCUCUCGAGGACAAAUCGAAGUACGAGAGGGAAUUCUGCGAAACUCUACGAACGGCACAAGCGAUCAGAUGUAUCGAAUAUAGGUUUUCCUUUGAAAUGAUGUUAGGCGUAUUCGUUGCGCGGCGAAAAGCCGUCGUCUUCGAGCGAGGAAACGCGAAAGAGUCAAAGAUAGAAAAAUAUUUUACGAGAUUUCGACAUAUUACGGCACCGCGUUCGUGCGAGGCUUCAAUUCGCGUACGAAGAAUCAAAAUUCCUCGUAUGAUUCCUCAUAUCAGACUCUCGCCCCGAAACGUCGCGAAAGUCUUAGGUAUCGGAUGGCCACGUGCUUUUUUGGGUAGCUUUGGGUUGCCAAUAUCUUGUAUCUUGUCGGAAUCACCAUCCGACGCAAUGUGUAUCGUUUUUUGUGUUAUAUUGAUGAAUGAUUAUAUAUAAUCAUUGGAGUUUUCGAAAGUAAUCAUAUUCAUUUAAAAUCAUCGGUGUGUUAAUGAUUCCUUGUGAACAUGUGUUCGGCGCGCGCGCGCGCAACGUCCCUAUCUGCUAUAUAUAUAUAUAUUCCAAUACUUUUAAUUAAGUAUGAAAUUAUCGCGAUUAUUAUUGUAUAGAUUGGUUGACUCUUCGAGAGUCUGUAUUCGUUUUGUCCGUUUGUUUUUCCAUCGUCUCUCUCGUUCGCUUCGUCGUCAUGCAAUCGUCAUCGACUAAAAUCAAUAAGAUAUAUUUGCGUGGCGUACGAUACGUAUUCGUUAAGAGAUUUCGACUGUACUUUCGCGUACUUCAUGUCUCGAUUUCCAGCUAGUCAAGUCAUACGUAAAUAGUGGACUUGUGGGAAGAGGGGAGAGGAGGAGGGGACAGGUUGGUCCAAACCCUUGAACAUUCCAGAAAAAGCAGCCCGUUCUCCGCAAAAGGAAUCAGCAAUUGAAUCCGCAGUUGCGAGGGAGAACGCGCUAAUUUUCACCGAACGCUAAGAUUCGAAAGUCUGCGAGGUGAUCCAAACUGUGAUCUUAAUUUUCCUGUAUAAAGUAGAGUUUCGAGAGAAAUUACGAAGCCUCGUGCGAUCUCGACACGCUUUCCUCAAUACAAUAGAAACGAAUCGCCGCGCCGGUGCAAUUGCACAGACAAAUAUUGCGGACGUAGCCGUCCGCAGUGAAAUUAUGUCCCGCCAAUAUUGAUCUUCUAUAUUCUUCGAUUCGCAUACGUUUACGCGCCAUGAUUUCUAGAUUUCUAGAUAGAUGAUACGAGACCACACAAUUUCAUUGUAGCAGGAAGAACGCUUCGCUUUUCGUAAUUACGGAAUUAUUGACGGGUGCCACAAUUUUCUGUGCACGUUUCGUGCACCGUUACGGCGAUCAUCUUAGCGUGCGAGUUAAUAAUAAUGAUAAUAUUAAUGACAACACACAUACACACACACACACACACACAC